AAGCACACUGAUCACAACUUCUCCAGCAGCUGUGGAGUGGGACCUCCGUGGUAUCACGCAGUAUGAACGAGUAACAAACGUCCAAAAUGUAAGGGGAAAAGCAGCUAUACACCACUUUCUGAAAGUAGGUGUGCCGUGGAAGAGUAAAGUAGUCUUAAAACAAUGCGUAAAGUUGCUGUUACGCAGCAGGGACGCGCGAUAAUCUGUGCGUAAUAGUCAGUCCAACAGGAGAGAAGUAAAAGUUCUGCGGUGGAUGAAACGUUUUCGCGGAGGAAAUGGAUGCGUCAGUGAGUUUUUGGGACGUAAUGAAAAGCUGACACCGUAAGGAACAAUCUUUUCAAGCUUUUACAGUUGAUGUCUGCUUUCCAAAGUUUGGGGACAGCGCCGGAGCAAAGCAGAGCGGAGCGCGCAGCGGGGCAGCAGAUGCUGGACAGUGACUAAGCCUAACGGCUGGAAAGCUCAUGAAUUGAAUUUGUCUGGACUGCAGACUUUAUGUAAGAAGUAGGACAAGCAUUACACCGCCCAACUAGUUCUUAUCGUCAUGCGUAGAGACGCGCUGUCGCCCAGCAUCGUGCUGUUUUGAUAGACAUCAGCUCAGAACGGUCAAUUCUAGAAAGUUGCCGCUAGCUGAUGCCACUACUCCAGCAGGAGUUAGUGGAAAGUUUUGUUGUUUACAUCCUUCUGUCUACCUCUUCUUAACAUGGACGAGAGUGUUGAGUCUGCUGCAGCCGACAGCUGCUCGGACGGGGAGAGCAUCAACCUCAGCGUUCUCAACUGGGAGCAAGUGCAGCGGCUGGACACCAUCCUCACCGGCUCCAUCCCCAUCCACGGCCGGUGGAGCUUCCCCACUCUGGAGGUAAAGCCGCGGGAUAUCGUCAAGGUGGUACGGAGCCGCAUGGAGGAGAAGCGGAUACAUGUCCGGGAGGUGCGACUGAACGGCUCCGCGGCCAGCUACGUCCUGCACGAGGACAGCGGACUCGGGUGGAAAGAUCUGGACUUGAUAUUCUGCGCCGAGCUGAAAGGAGAGAUGGAGUUUCAGAUAGUGAAAGAUAUAGUUCUGGACUCUCUUCUAGACUUCUUGCCCGAGGGAGUGAACAAAGAAAAGAUCACACCAAUGACCUUAAAGGAGGCCUAUGUGCAAAAGAUGGUGAAGGUGUGCAAUGACUCAGACCGCUGGAGUCUCAUCUCCCUCUCCAACAACCGUGGCAAGAACGUGGAGCUCAAGUUUGUGGACUCUCUUCGACGGCAGUUUGAGUUCAGCGUGGACUCCUUCCAGAUCCGCCUGGACUCACUUCUCCUCUUCUACGAGUGCUCCGAGCACCCCAUGGCUGCCACUUUCCACCCCACAAUUCUUGGGGAGAGUGUCUACGGCGACUUCCCCACUGCCCUCGACCACCUGCGCAAGCGCCUCAUCUGCACGAGGAGCCCUGAGGAGAUUCGAGGUGGGGGUUUACUGAAGUACUGCCACCUGCUGGUGCGGGGUUUCCGUGCAGCUUCAGACAGCGAGAUGAAACUGCUGCAGCGCUACAUGUGUUCCCGCUUUUUCAUAGAUUUCCCUGACGUGGGCGAGCAGAGGAGGAAGCUGGAGUCCUAUCUGCAGAACCACUUUGUAGACCUGGAGGACAGGAAGUAUGACUAUCUGGCCACUCUGUACGAUGUGGUGCAGGAGAGCACGGUGUGCCUGAUGGGCCACGAGAGGCGCCAGACGCUCAGCCUCAUCUCUUCGCUGGCAUUGCGGGUCAUGGCUGAGCAGAACGCCAUCCCCAACGCUGCCAACGUCACCUGCUUCUACCAGCCGGCUCCUUACGUCUCAGAUGGAAACUUCAGCAACUAUUACGUUGCACAGGUUCAGCCUUUCUACCCCUGUCCUCCCUCUCCUCCUCAGCAUUACCUUUCUCAUUCGCAACACCCCAUGUACGCCACCUGGUUGCCCUGUAACUAAACAAUGUACAUGAAUGCACUUGUGCAUAACUGGUGGAACUUAUACCUCCUUGAAAGGGAUGGAUGAUUAUCUUUUUAUCUCCUCCUUGAGAUGGGAAAUUGAGGGAAACAAGAGAAGGAAAACCAGGAGGCAAAAUUAAACAAAGGGGCGCAGAUAAAAGAAGAGAAUAAAGCAAGGAGGGGAAAUGAGGACAAGGAAGCUGGAACAAGGCAGUGGGCCAGAGGAAGGCUUUUCCCCGGGACAGGGUGCCACAGCCGCAGGAGGAGCUGAGCACACCGGGAUAGAUGCCAAUGAGAGAGGCUGACCCAUCAGUUCUAAGGUUCUCUCAUCAGCUAAGAUCAAUUUGGUAGACCAAACCACAACUCGGCCUCAGAGUGACCAACAGCCUGGAUACGAUUAUCUUUUUCUUGUCUGUUGUGAGUUACGGCUCACAGGAACUCACAUUUCCAAUGAUGAACAUGUUUAAUAUUUACAUUAAAAAAAACAGCCACAGAGAGUAACGGAGGACACACACGACAUGCUGAAGAUAUUGAUUCAUUGUCAAACAGUUGCAACUUUCUGACCUUUUACAUGUGCACCGUGUGUGUAGGGGACUCCUUUUCACCGACAAUGCAAAAUGAGGAACUUGGAUACUUGUUUACAAAUCCAAAGAUUUACUUUGAUACUCAACUUUAUCUAAAUUCUGAGAAAAAAAAAUAAACAACAAAACAAUGCAUGCUUUAUUUCUGUACAGGAAUAAUUUUAAGUGCCUAGAUAAAGCCUAAAGGGAAGAGAUAUUUUUGUGAUUCUUUAUUGUAGAGAAACUGUUGAGUUGUCUAAUUGACAUUUUCGAGGUGAUAAUGAAUGUACUGUGGAACAGAGAGUUUACCUAGUAUGCUGAGUAAGCUCUCUUACAAUGAGGGAGGUUUGGACCAACUGAUUUAGUUUGACAAUGUUUAGUUGAAGACUCUGCUCUUAUCUGCAGUCCUGCUGGAUGAGCACACAUCCUGAUUACCAAAGGGGAAGUAUAGUACCAUAAUCUCAUCAUCUGUACAGACAGGGGGAGGUGGGGCUUGGGUCAAAAAUGCUUAUAAGAGUAAAAUAGAUGGCCAUUAAGAAAGAAAUGUAAGAGGUUUUGCAGCAAGAGAGCAAAUGAGAGAGAAUAAACUGCCCUUAUCUGCCUAUCUUUUUGCACUGCAAAAUUAGAUGGACUAGUGCUCAGCUUAAUAAACAAAAAGCUAUUUAUCACAAAAAAGGAAAUGAUCUAAUCUGUGGGUGGUGAAAUGCACAAGAAAUGUAUUUGGAUAUGUAAACGUUUUCCCAAUUUAAAAACGCGGUUUCAUCACACGUAGUCCUAUAUCAAGAUGCAUUUAAGCUUCAUGCUAUUGAGUUCUUGUGACGCUAAAAUGGAUAAUUAUGAAAUUUACAACUUGAGUUUACUUAAAGGUGCCCUGUGGCGUUUUAUUUUGAGCAAAUAAAAGUAAUGUCUACAUUUAGUUUACACAUUGUGUGUAUCUUUUGAGGUCUAAACAAAAAUGUUUAGUGUGCAAGUAGAUUUUUUGAAUAUUAAACCGUGUUGUAUACGUCAAUGAUUGCUAGGUUGCAGGCCUCUUCUUUGAAAUCGCCCUGCCUGCACAGUUGCACAAUACAAACAAAACGUGGCCCCCCUCAUAAAAACAGUGCUCCAUAGCGCUACUAGUGGUCACUUUCUCUGCAGGGUACCUUUAAGUUACAAAUAUAUAUAAAACAGGUUCAGUGUGUUUGCAUUUUGAAACAGGGAUAACCACUUUUUCCUUAAAUUACACUGGAAAGUUUUAAUACACUUCAAAUUCAUUUUAUAUCUUCUUAUCAAAUAUAUAAAACGGUAAUUUUUUACAUUAUUGUACACAGUUUAAAAUCAUUUUGAUAUGCUUUAUGCACUGUAUAAACUAUAUGUUUCCUUUUCAUGUGUAAGAGAGAAAGAGUAAACAUUCAAAAGACGUCUGCAAAUAUCUGCAGACCAGAUAGCAAUACAUCAAACUGUAUGUUUGUCAGAGGGGUGGAGGGUAGGAUUAAAUGCAGGGAUGUAGCAGCAAAACAACUUGUGAAUGGAGUGGCGUUAAAGGCAUAAUACUGGUAUUACCAGAGACCCAGCAGAGGCUUUUCAAGCCUGAAAAUCUUCAAAGAUGAUGUAAACUCAGUUAAUGUUGGCCAAUGUAUAUUUCAUCUUCUCUUUUACAGAAGAAAAGGUUUGGGAGGUGUAGAAAUUUGGGCUGCAUAGGCAGAUAACAGCUGUCAAAAAUGUAUCUCAUUUUAGCAUUGAAAAGCACCAAAUAAUGAGGAAAUAAUGUAAACAAUUCCAGAGAUAAAGACUACCACAUGACUAUUUGAAUGGCAAAGAGACAAGUUGGCUAAGAGUUAGGGUUUUUUGCAAUGAUCAUGAAAAUAACAGGUGUGUGCAAGAGACUGCAUAUUCUCUCAAACAUGUCAGAUCUCCUAUUUUUCUAUCAAUCUCUAUUUUUGUACAGUUUGUGUUUGGCUGAUGUAGCAGGCAGAUUCAGAGCUGUGUCGUCCAUUUUGUGGAGUGUGCGAAUUUGUGUUUUAUUUUGGCUGAUGAAGAGCAGUGCAGGUGGACACAGAGGCUAUGCUGAGAUGCAGAUUUAACUUGUGUUCAUUGUGUGUGUGCUCUGAGCUGUUUCAUAUGGGUUUCUGUUGCUCUAAAGAGAUUGUUUCACUGUUAUACUUGUGUUUUUAAACUGCCAUCCUGUUUGGACAUGAAAAUAAUGAUCUGAUAAUUGUGUUCAAGUUGACCAACUUGAGAAUUAAAAGCAAAAAAGACCAUC